AGUGAUCAACGGCACAGUGUGCGGAGCCAGAAAACUGUUCCCAUCAUAUCAGGGAACGCGCAUCACUUCUGCCAGCGGAUACGCGCAACCGAGCCGCAUCGCAGGCGCGCAUUUCCUCACAUUAGCCUGAGAUGAACACAUUGCCUUUCUCUGUGAGCACCUGCAACCUCUGAAAUAUCUGACAAACUCACGCGUCUACUUGCUUAAAUCCUGGUUUCCGGUACUUUAUCCUUUCUUGUUAAAGCAGAAGAUUGCUUAAAUCUAAGUACUCAGCUCUGGGAUGUUUGAACUAACCUCUGGAUUCCGACUUCUGCCUAUGAAAACAUCCCAGAAAUUUCCCAAGCCUUUACGAGCAACGCAAGGAAUAUGAAUUUCACCACAAGCUAUCAGAAAAAAGAGCUGCAGCUCACAAACACCUUGUUGCCUUUGAAUGGCUCUCACGAGGACGACUUCAUGAGCGAUGUUUUCCUCCACCGGAGUGGAGAGCUGGAGAGGCUUUUGCUGCUGACCAUCAAGGAGCCCACUACCAUCUCCCUCACAGUCAUGUAUUCGCUAUCAUUUGUGGUGGGCUUCAUUGGAAAUCUCAUGGCCAUUCGAAUGCUCACCUGCCAGAAAACGAAUAGGAUGCAGAGCAUCAGUGCCACCCGGACUUUACUCAUCAACUUGUCGGUGUGUGACCUGAUGGUGGUUUGCAUCUGCAUGCCCAUCACCCUCGGCCACACCAUUUACACCGCGUGGGUUUACGGAGACCUCCUGUGCAGAGCCGUCCCGUUCAUCCAGGCCGUGUCUGUUUCGGCCAGCGUUCUCAGUCUGACCGUCAUCAGCGUUAAUAGGUACUACAGCGUUCACAGUCCACUCAGUUCCCUUUCCUAUUUUACACAGAAAAAGAUCUACAUCACUAUCGUGUGCGUGUGGGUCCUGUCCUCUGCUAUCUGUGCGCCGCUACUCUUCAUGAUUAAGUUAGAUGAGAUCCACCUGAUCGACAUCAGCGUGCCCAUUUGCAGGGAGCUUUGGCCACAGGCGAGACUCAAACAGGCCUACAACGUGCUUCUUUUUGUGGCUCUCUACUGCAUACCUGUGACCUUCAACUUGAUCAUCAGCUUUUUGACCGGCAGGAAGCUCUGGAAGGCUUCUCAACAUUUCGCCGACUUUGACCCGCACAGUCAGGCCACGCACGCUUCACGCUUGAAGAUGCGCAAGAAGAUCGCCAAGGUGGUGGUCACUUUGGUCAUCCUGUUCGCUGUCUCCUGGCUACCGCUGUACGUGGCAGAUAUUGUUAUUGACCGAGAGGUUCAUCCGCCUCACUGGGUUUUGCAAGCUCGCCCUUUUGCCCAGUGGUUGGGGCUCACUAACUCCAGCCUCAAUCCCAUCUGCUAUUGCUUUUUAGGAGAUCUGUACCGUUCGGCCAGAGCAGUCCGGUCAAAGUAUCAUCAGAGGAUGCUCUCUGUCUUUAGGUCCUCCAGCUCUGUUAAACUGUCCAAUUUGUUCUCACUCAAAAGCCAGCGAUCCGUCCGGCGACACGGUGCCGUGAGCCAGGAGUCAGUGGAGACCCUGUCUGACUGGUGUCCCAAUAGCAGCCAAAUGGUUUCCCUCCAAAGUCUCUCAGAGCGAACUGUAUUUAAAAGCAAUACUGAAUUGUCUCAAUUGUAGUCGGGGUGCUUAUUAAGGACGCAGGAUGCACUUAAGUGUUGUUUAUUCAGUGUUGUGAAAUAGCGUGCACUUCAGGGCUGGCCAUAUGCCACACCACACUAGAAUAAUAGCAAAGUGCUUUGAUACAACAUUAGCAUAUAGAUUGUAUCUGUAUUCACUGUUUGCAGUUACAGGGCAUCAUGAUAAAGCAUUUUACAAGAAUAAUGGGUGUAAUUGGCUUGAUUUAAAAUUUGAGAUUGUAAAUAAAGAAGACUCCUUUGUGUAGAUAUAACUGAUUGUACAUAUUUGUACAUAAAUGCUUGGUUUAUGUAAAAGCAGAAUAAAAGCAUUUUGAUUGAUGAUGAGAAAAAACUGUACUGUGUAGUGAGAAAUAAAGGCAUGUAAA